AUUACUUUGAGCAACAUAUUGAAGUAUAACCUUUCAGUCGUUGGAUUGCUGUGCGACAAAUCUACUGCGUCAUUCUGUUUUACUACAAUUUACAACUGUUAGACUGUUGAUCUACUAUUAAUGGAGACUCAAGGUUAUUCCAAAGAGGCAGAGUUUCAACAACAACCACUGCAAGUAGCUGAUUAUGGCACACCACCACCACCAUAUCCUGCUACAGCCCCUGGAGGUCAGGGUUAUCCAGCUCAACCACCUCCAAAUUAUGGUCAAUCAUUGCAUGCAUCUACCAAUAUUACCAAUGUCAUGUAUCAACCAGGACAGAAUGUUACCAUGACAACAAUUACUCAAUCUCGUCCAGCUGAUUACAUGGGUCUUGCUAUUUUUGCCACUAUCUGUUGUUGCUGGCCUAUUGGUAUAUUUGCCAUCAUUAAAGCAUCACAGGUUGGAAGUAGUUUUAAUGGAGGUGACUAUGCUGGUGCAAAAGAAGCCUCUGAUAGUGCCAGGAAACUGUCGUAUAUUUCUAUUGGCUGUGGCAUUGCGUCAUUUGUAAUUUCUAUACUUUUUGUCAUUAUCUAUGUAUUUGUGAUACUGUCAGUGUGACCUUAACAUACAUGUAUUCAUAACUUACACUGACCCAAUA